AUGGAACAUUUUUACAAAUAUCCUAUUCAUCCAGAUAUUAAUUUACUUGAAAGUGAACUUAAAUCAUCUUUAAAAUUAACUUAUGAACAAAUUUCAAAUUUAAUAUUUAAUCAACCACUUAUUAAUCAAAUGGUGAAAUUUACAAAUGACAAUAAAGAUGAUGAUGAAGAAAAGGGAAAUGAUUUUAAUUAUUUUUAUGGUGGUUCACCUAAUGAGGAAGAAAAAGAUGAUGUUAUUCCUAAUAGUAUAUUGAUUAAAAAAAGAAGAUCAUGUGUAAGAUUUGCCUCCACAAAUGAUGAUAUAGAAGAAACAGAAGUAGAAGAAAAAGGAAUUGUUAAUAAAGUUUUUGAAAAUGAUGAAGAUUAUUUUUAUAAUAAAAGUUCAAAUAAUGAAGAAAAAGAUGUUCAACAAUUAUUUACCAAUCCUUCAUUUUUAAAUGUUACAGAACCCGUAUCAGUAAGAAGAAAAUCUAUUCAGUUUAUAAAUAAUGCUUUAUUUUCUCCUAUUGUUGAAUUUACAAUAGGAAUGGAUAAUAAUAAUAAUAAUAAUAAUGCUUAUACAAAACGUAAAUCUAUUGCUGUAGAUCCAGAAUUAUCAAGACGGAAUAUGUUACUUCGUGGAAGACCAUCUGUUUUCCAAACAAUGGCAAGAGUUCAAAAAAAAUUAGGAAUUAAACAUUAUGUUUUGGUACUUUUGUUAGCAUUAUAUGCUAUAAUUGGUGGUUUAAUAUUUUAUUUACUUGAAUCAAAUGAAGAAAUAAUGUCAUUAGAAAGAAAUAGAGAAACAAUUAAUUUGUUAAUAAAUGAUUUAGCAGUAAAUAUUUUAGAAAUAAGUAAUGAUAACUCUCAAACAAAUGAACAAAAAAGAGAAUUAUCAAUAUUUUUAAUAAGAGAAACAUAUAAAGAUUUAUUAAUUGUUGAAAAUAAAUAUGCUGGAUCAACUUUUCAUAAAUUUGAAAGAGUUAACAUUAGAUUGACAUGGUACUUUAGUAGUGCAAUUUUUUAUUCAAUGACUUUAUUUACAUCUAUAGGUUAUGGUACAAUUGCCUGUCAGACAGUUGCUGGUAAAGUUAUUACAAUAAUUUAUGCCUCUAUUGGUAUACCAUUAAUGUUAGUUGUUCUUGGAGAUAUUGGUGAUGUUCUUUUAAGUUGGUUUAUUUUUAUUUAUAAUUGGUGUUAUCAUAAAUUUAGAAGAACAUGGAAUUUACUUUUAAUAAAAAUUAAUUUUGAUAAAUAUUUAAUUAAAAAUGAUGAUGAUCAAGAUUUUCCUUUUAUUGGUAGUGUUAUAAUUAUUAUUUUUUAUAUGUUAUUUAUAUCUAUGGUUAUUUAUUUGGCUGAUUUUAGUGAUAAUCAACAAGGUCUAUCAUUUGGUGAUGCAUUUUAUUUUACCUUUAUUUCAAUGACAACAAUUGGAUUAGGAGAUGUUUAUCCCAAUCAUAAAAGUAUUGAAUUUAAUCCUAUUAUUCCAUUAUUAUUUUUAUUUGGAUUAGCUUUAUUAAGUGUUGUUAACAGUACUAUGUACUCAAAAAUGCAAAAUAAAUUUUUAUUUGCUGUUGAAAAAAUUGAAUUUUAUUUAGAAAAUUUAACUAUUAAUUGGAAAAAAUUAUUAACAUGUGGAUUAAAAAGAGAACAUCCAGAGGGAUGGGAAACUUUAAGAUGUUUAAGAAGAAAUAUUGAAUUAUUAACAAUUUCAGUACCACUUUUUGAUGAUAAUAUAGAAGUUAAAAUAUCAAAAAUGUUAGAUGAAGAGAAGAAGGAUAAACCAAAAAUUAGAAGAACAAGAACAGUAAGUCAAGAUAUAAGACCAACAUUAGGAAUAUUAAGAGCUGGUAUUAUACCUGUAAUAGCAGAAAGAACUGGACGUGAAAGAAGUGCAACAGACAACUCUUUAGAUAAACUUUUUCAAAAAAGAAUAUUAGAUAAUUUAAAUAAAGAAGAAACAUUAUCUCUUGAAAAAGAUAAAAAAUCAUUAAAUAAAAGAGGGCAUAGUUUUAAUGAAGCAAAUACAAAAAAUAUUACGGGUAACUGGAAAUCACAAAUAAUAAUACCUAAAUUGAUUAUGAAUAAUAAUACUUUUACUAAAACAGAAAGUAAAAGUUUACAAAAUUCAAGAAGAAAUUCAAUUAAUACAUCAACAGACAUUUCUAUAAAUAUAAAUAAUAUAGAAGAUGAGGAUGAUAAGAAUCAAUCUGAAAAAAUAGAUUCAUUACCUAUUAUAGAAGAAGAACCAAGAUAA